ACGUGACCAUCUUCCAUCAGAGAGAGUCAACACGGAACCGCGUUGUCCGACCCCCAGUAUAAGUUCUCUCUACUUCCAGGUCUGAAGCACAUCGAAGCCUCUACGACCAGAGCGAGAGCUUCGGCUUGAAUCGGCGGAGGAAGCAGCGAUCUUCUUUCUCGCGAAUCCACCGAGCAGUACACCCGAGGCCGUCGCGAAGAGCACCUGCAGUCGCUCCUUCCGAACCACCGGCUUCAAAGGACUGGUUUUUCGGCGGGCACCAAUCGGCAGGGUUCUUGGAUUUGGGGGUCUUCGGCGGAACACGAGGGUCGUUUCUGGAUUUUAUCGAGAGAUAGUAAGUUCCCCGUCUGUAGUUGGUGAUUUCGUAGCCACUACUCGUCCUUUCUCGCGACGUUCUGACCUGAGAUGAUCUGCAAAUUUACCUCCGUGUCUUUCCAAACCAAGCCGGUCUAGGUCGAGGCGUGAAGGUGAUCCUCGGGAUUGCGCGGCCUUUCUGGACUCGGACCCAACUCGAUCUGCUUCAAGGCGACUUCUUCUCAAACACUGAAACCCGUCACAGCUAUUUCAUCUCUGAAUCGCUCCUGGAGAACAAUUCGGAACUAUUGUCCUCACUUGCUUUCUUUGAUCUUUUCCCUCUUGAAAGUUUUCACCCGGGCUUGUUUAAGGUCUCCUCUCUCCAAUCUCGCGCCUCUCUUCGCAUCUCAGCUCGCGGGAGAUCGCCAUGGACAAAGAGCAGAGGAAGAGAAAGAGACCAGAGGAAGAGAGCACUCGGGGAGCGUCCUCUUCUUCAUCCAUCUCUCCAGAAGCCACAGGUUUACGUAGCGGUCAAUACGAUGUGUUCUUGAACUUUAGAGGCUCGGAUACCCGCAAGACAUUCACCGAUCACCUCUAUCGCAAUCUGGUCAAGGCAGGGACUGUACCGUUUUGCGUGUUUAGGGACGAGAACAGCAUCCCAAUUGGUGAGGAAUUUGGUUCAGAGAUUCUUGAUGCCAUCGUACGGUCUAAGAUUUCGAUCCCCGUCAUCUCCGAAAAUUAUGCUUCGAGCAAAUGGUGCCUCCGUGAGCUCGUUCAUAUCAUGGAAUGCAAGAAGAGCAUGCAACACAUAGUGUUGCCUAUAUUUUACAAAGUUGCCCCAUCGGAUGUGCGGCGUCUAAAGGGAAAUUUUGGAAAUGCCUUCCAUUUGAGGCGGGAGCGUUAUGAUGAGAAGGAUAUCCAGGAAUGGCAACAAGCACUUAAUGAAGUCAGUUACUUACAUGGAUGGGAAUCUGAUAAAUUUGAGGACGGGCAUGAAGGAGAACUAAUAGAACAUGUGGUUGGAACUGUUCUAAGCAAGUUACAAGAAGAUUUUCAACUAAAUGUGCCUAAGCAACUAGUUGGACUUGAUGAUUGUCUAAAGAACAUUAUGAAUUGGAUAGACAGUCCUUCCUUUAGUGCUCGAAUGAUUGGAAUUUAUGGCAUGGGUGGGAUAGGCAAGACAACUCUUGCCAAGAUCAUUCACAAUCAACUCUCGAACAAAUUUGUGCAUGUCAGCUUCCUUCCAGAUGUUCGAGAAUCUACCAAGCGCCACGGUAUUACGUAUUUACAAAGUCAACUAAUAUCGGAUAUACUACAAAGCAAAAAUGAAGUGUCUAGAAUUGAUGAUGGAAUUAAUAUAAUCAAAUCUAGAUUCAAAGGAAAAAAGGUUCUCAUUCUUUUGGAUGAUAUAGAUGACAAGAAUCAACUAGAUGCAUUGGCUGGGGAACGUAAUUGGUUUAUGGUAGGAAGUUUGAUCAUUGUUACAACUAGAAAUGAAGCUAUUCUUGAUCAAUCUGAAUUCGAGGUGGACUACAAGUAUGAAUUGAAUGGAUUGGAUAAGGUGCAUGCUUUGCUUUUAUUUAAUAGACAUGCAUUUCCUAUGGACCAUUCUCCGAAGGACUUUGAUGGUAUAUCUCGUGAUAUCAUAUCUACCAUGGGUGGGCUUCCCUUGGCACUUAAAGUCGUAGGUUCAUACUUGUAUAAAAAAAAAGAAUAAAGGAGUAUGGGAAGAUGUGUGGAAGCAAUUAAAAAAUCAACCACAUAGAGAUGUCCAAAAAAUAUUGCAAAUAAGUUAUGAUGCAUUAGAAGAAGGACAUAAGCAGAUUUUUCUCGAUAUUGUUUGUUUCUUUAUUGGCAUGACCAUGACGAUGGCAAAGUUGCACGAUUCGCCAUGUACAUGUGGGAGGGUUGUGGGUUUUAUCCAAAUCAAGGAAUUGAAGAGUUGAAGUUGAGGUGCUUAAUUAAAAUUGGAGAUGAUGGUAAAUUUAUGGUGCAUGAUCAACUGAGAGAUCUUGGAAGGAGCAUUUUUUGCCAAGGACAACCGCUUGAGAAAUGUAGUGGACCAUGGGAAGACAACUAUGAGGGAGUCCCAAGAGUAGUAAGAUAUCGAGAGGUAAACAUGGCACUCUUUUUUUUUUUUCUCUCUCCCUCUUAUUUAAUAUAUUUAAUCCGAUCUAUUCUAAUAUUUCAUUGAGCAUGAAAAGAUGCUCUUACUUUCUAGGAAAAAAAUCUAUUUAAACAUCCAUUUAUGUACAUCGUAGAUUAAUUGUGACACUAAAUAAAUCAUAAGUAUCUCAAGAAUGAAAAAUUUAUAUCAUUGAUUCAAUUUCAUCGAUGUAAAUUACAUAUGUAAAAAUUUGUUUGGCAAUCAAUUCAAAAUCCUUUAACUACAAUUUUAGACUAUAAAUCUCAUUUAGUUAAAGCAUGCAAUUGUCUUGAAAAUAUUGAUAAUCAGAAGGACUAUAAUUAUGAAUGAAGACGAAGAAUAAACAUCAUAGAUCAAAUAAAUGAAGAUUUCCUGGUUAAGAAAAAAUGAGAUAGUAUAAUAACCGAUAAAUAAUUCAAAGCAAUAAGAUUGGAAAUUUUUUCACACUUAUCACAUAUGUUUGCUUUCUAGUACGGCCAAAUGUAUUGUGGUGCUCUUGUGAUUUAGAAAUCGGAUGUUUGAUAUAUUUUUUUCUGUUUUGAUUUUGAAGAUACCGGUCCCUCAACUAGUUAUUUAUAUCUAUCUCUUUUCAUUGUUAUCUCCUCUUAAUCCCUUAAAAAUACAUACAUGCAAAUCUUACCGUUUUUUAGGGUUUUAUCCCAUUGACCUUGCUUAUUUCAUGAAUUAGGUUAGGUGUAUAAUAAAGAGUGGAUUUCCUUAUAACAAACAUCUCUAUCUGCUAUAAGUUGUUUUAUAUUAUUUAUAUUUUUUGGGCACUGCCUCUUUUGCGCCAGAAUUUGCUAGACUAACUUGAUUAUUUUUAAGAUAAAAAAAGAAAACUUGACUAAUCGGAGGAAAUGUCAUGCUUAUAUAUCCAUAGCCUUGUAUUCAUUAUAUAUGUUUUCAGCAUGAAGCAAAUUUUUUCAACUAUGUUUUAUCUUUAACUUAAAUUGUCAAUGUUCAUGUCAUUUUAUUAUAUAUUGUCCAUUUGAAAAGCUUUACAGUUUCAUGGCUGAUCAACGGCAAGGAAUUAACCCCAGAAUUGACCAAGGAAUGUUGGGCAAACAAAGCAGCCUUAUAUUCUUGAUAUAAUUUCAAAUAGUUCAUUCCUACGAUUUAAUAUCAGUCUCUUUUGUUGAUCCAAUAACUUCUUAACAUUAGCAAAAAGAGCACACCAUUUAGGUGUUUGGAAAAAUGAAAAAGAAAAGUCAAUUCUGUUUUGAAUGGAUAAAAAUGCUGAAAGAUGAUAAAUAGCGUCGAAAAAAAUGAAAUUAUUGUACAAUUCGAGAGAUUUUGAUUUAACUUUGGAAAUUGAAAUACUUAUGGGACUAAUUUCCAAUUGACUAUUUCAAAUAUGAUUAUGUCUAUUUUGUUAUAUCCUAUUUCUUUAGUUCAUUUUGGUGAAAUAUAUGCGAUUUGUGUGGAAACUUUUGAUGAAAGUUUGAGGUUUGAAAUCCCCUUUCCAUACAGUAGAUUUUUUUGAUGUAAUACAUAGUAUAGAUUGAUGUACAAGAGAAAAUUAUUAAAGAUAGUAUGGGAUAUGAUUACAACAAUUUAGCGACUUUUCAGACAAAUAGACUUAAGAUAAUUUAUACCCAUUGCAUUUCACUGGUUAAUAUUUAAAGCAGAUAUAACAACAAAUGUGUCUAACCAUAAAAGUGAAUUUCUAACCAAUUAAACUUUUGGGGGAAAAUAUAGGUAUUAUUAUAAAAGUCAAAUAAAGCCAUAAGGAAAUUUCUUUCACCGUCUCGCAACUAAUUAAAUGAUCUGUUUUAGCAGGAAAGUUAAACAGUAUGUUUUUUGAUUUAUAAGAUGGAAAAAGAAACGAUGCUAUUCUUAUGGAAACCAACGUAUGAUGAUUAAACAAUGUUACCACGGCACUUUUUAGUUAAUCGGUUCAUUUUCUAGUUAUUCUGAAAGCGACUUAUUUUUUUCAAUCCUGGUCAAAACUACUGACCAAUGUCGCCACGUCACUUUUUAAACAAACUUUACCGAAAAAGAAAACGUUUCGAUUGUCAAAGAAAUGAGUAAACACUCCACGCAAAUAGUUAAUGACGUUAAAGAUAUUUAGAUAUCUUCUAGAGAUAAGGAUAUUUCUUUUAAUUUUCUAUAUCUAUUUUGAUAAUGCAUAUCAUAUUUGAUUUCUUUUAAUUUCCCUCCAUGUAAACUUUUCUAUAUAUCUGAAUAUAUUAAAAAUUCCCCUUUUUUUUCUCUUCCACAUUAUUACAUUUAACUAAUGAAAUGAAAAUAGGGUGCUUCCUUAGCUACUUACAGGUGGCCCGUCGACACUCUUUAACAAAUUCUUUUAAAAAUUAUAAGUCAUUUAAAAAUUUACAAGUAAACAUUUGUACGUUGUAAACUAGUUUUAUGUAUUUCUUCUUAAAUGAAAGUGAAAAUCCAUGCGCUACAAAAUUUUGAAAAAGAAGAAGAAGCUAGAGAUAAAACAUUGAGGUGCAUUUGCCUUAGUUGUUUUAAAGCAAUAAUAAUUUUUUUCUUUAUCUUUGCGUCAUUUGUUUAACUUUCAAAAGGUCGUAAAAAAAGAAGAAAUAAAUGUGAGUUUACAUAUCCAUACAUGUACAGGGGAAGGAUAAAAAGGUAAUCGUGCAAAUUCAAGAUUUAAAAAAAGCAAAAACUAAAAAGUGAAAAAACUUGCAGAGACGAUGCCCCUGGUUCCACGACUUUUUGGGGGCAGCUUGUAGCGGAGAUUCCAAGUUUUCUGAAGUGAGAUGGCUUGAGUGGGACGUUUGUGGAAACGAUGCGUCUCUUUCGACGAUCAACUUGCAUUUGCCAAAAUUAUCGGUUCUGAAAUUAUGGGAGAGUAGUUGGGGAGGAAUCACAGAGAAUUGGGAAGGAUGGAAUUCAUUCAAUGGUAAGAUUGGGAAAAGAAUACAUCCUCUCUGCGAUCUUGAGGUUUGUUUUUUGUUUAGCCAAUCAACUCCUCAUUUGACGGAUUAUUCUCCUUUUGUAUUAGGCGUCAAAGCAGCUUAAAGUUCUCCGCGUUCAAGAAUGUUAUAGUUUAAGAUGUACUCCUGAACUCUUAGCUUUCACGCAAUUGAAAAUUCUCGAUUUGCGCAAGUGUGAUGGAUUGGAGCGUCUCCACCCUUCUAUUGGCGAACUCACAAGCCUCGUUACCUUGGACUUGCAUUCCUGUAGUGGUCUCAAGGAGCUACCAGAGGAGGUGGGUGGAUUAAAAGAUUUAGAAGAACUUCUUUUAGAUUUCUCUGGUAUUACAACAAUUCCUUCAUCUAUUGGUUCUUUGAGAAAAUUGAAGACACUGAGUGCUGCCUUGUGUGAGUCACUGAGAGAAAUCCCAAGCUCAAUUGGGGAUUUACAGAAUUUGCAAUACCUUAACUUGCAUAGUACUGCGAUCAAAAAGCUUCCCAGUGCUAUUGGAGGGUUGAAAAAUCUGCAGUUUCUAAAUCUCAUCCGAUGCAUGAGUCUGGAAGGGGCAAUUCCAAGUGAAAUCGGUGACUUGCCUUCCCUCAAGAUUCUCAAUAUCUCUUGGACACCGAUAUCUGACCUGCCAGAAAGCGUCCGGAAUCUUUCUUCUCUCCAAACCCUUGAGUUAAGGAGCUCAGAUCUCCGGUCGUUGCCAGAGCUUCCUUCUUCUCUCCAAACCCUUGACCUAAGGGCUGUAUGGAGCUCCGGUCGCUGCCAGAGCUUCCUUUGGGCUUAACAUGUCUAUCGGUUACUUGUCAGAGUCUUGGACUGCCACAGCUCCUUCGCCUCAUCCACCUAGAAAAACUCAAUCUUGAGGUAUGCCAUUUACUUGAAGACAUCUGCGAGCUUUCCUCAAUAACAUCAAAACUCUGUUUUGAGAAGAGGGAUAAGCUGACAUCACUUUCGCUCAGCGGACGCAUGCACUUGGAAGAGCUUUCAAUAAAAAAUUGCAGUUCCAUUGAAAGGUUGGAACUUUCACAAUUGAUUCAUCUGAAACGAUUACGCAUUGAGCAUUGCGAUAGCCUAGUUGAAAUUGAGGGCCGUGAUAAUUUGGAGUCCUUGGAGGUCAUAUUUUUAUAUGAAUGCAAGCAUUUGAAGAAAUUCAGGGCUUCUGGGUGCGGCAAUCUAGUUGAAAUUCAAGGUCUUGAUGGUGCGAAGUUCUUAGAAGAGUUGGAUUUUAUAGGAUGCAAAUCAAUGGAGACUUUGCCAGAUUUGAGAGGACUUGAGAAGUUACGAUAUCUAGGACUUUAUCACUGCAAGAAACUUACUCAGCUUAAGGGACUUGAAAUGUUGAAUUUAAUUAGUUUGGAUAUUUCUGGUUGUGACUCAUUGGAAGCAAUACCGAAAUUAUCUGGAGUGCACGUCUGUAUAAAUCAUAAAAUGGUUUGAGUUCUCUAUGGAAAUAUUAUCUUGCAGUGAUAAUGAUGUGAGGAAUCUUAUACCCAUAUUACAACAGUGAGACUAGUCAUGUUUCUUCAACAGAGGAUUCUGUACUUUCCUAAAUUGCUGGUCUUGCACAAUUGAAGGAGUGGAGGAGUUGGUCAUAGAAGCUCACAUGAUGGUUCAGCCAAGAUCAAAAUGUAGACCCAAAUGUCAAUAGAAGGCAUAAUUGCAAACAAAUGGCAGCUUGCGAGGCAAAAAUGAAAAUAUAACAAAGAGGAAGCAUCAGCAACAGCUGAGGACCAUCUUGCAUGCCAAACUUAAAGACAAUUUGGGGCUGGCUGGAGUGUCCCAUGGAAGUUUUGAUGCUUCUGCAUAUUCAAAUACUUGAUCUGAUCUCAACAUCACAUCCCUAAAUAAUUGUAAAUUUGUUCGACACGGUUGCAUUCUAAUGAUAUCACUUCGGAAUUGAUGAGGCCCUGCAAAGGGAGAUGAAAGCUGCAUUUGAUGAAACUCAGAGAAACUCCCCAAACACUGCGGGUUGGAGGUAUGGGCAAGAAUGAGCUAUGUCAGUAUGGAAAGGCAUUCCAAAGUUAUUUGCAAUUGGCGUUUAUCAUUUGCUCCAUGUUGUUAAUACUCUUCGAAGGAUUCUUGAUAAAGGUGACCUCUUCCCAUGUGGUGUAUUAGUCCUUUGCAAGCUUUGAAAUCAUGCUAUUCUUUAACCAAGGCCCCAUCACUAAUCGCUUGGAGGAAGACCACAUGUGCAAGUGGUUCUAUAUGUGAAGUCAAGCAAAAAAUGAGAUUUGUUAACAAGAGUACCAUUUAGAUGUCCACUUCAAGCUACAGUUUUGUGACUGGGAGAGGCUUUUUUCUUGAAAAAGCAAAUGCGGUGGAAUCAGCAAAUAAUCUAUCAAUUGCAGACAAGAGUUUCAAAGAAAAGGUUUCAAGAAGACAGUAGUUUCUCAUUUGGAAGAAUUUAGAACAAAAAUACAGGCGUUCAUUAGUGUAAAAUGAUCUCUCUAGGCUGGUUACGUCGGAAAAUUCAUAUGUAGGCAUUUUGCAAUCACUUUGGUCUUAUUAUCUCAAACUUGAUCUAUUUAAGCAUGAAUCUAAAAGCAGAAGAGACACAGCCAUGUACAUUUUCAUACCUAAAACAAGUAGAGAGACCAGUUCAUUCUUGAAGAGCAGCAUUACUUUUCCCCUUCCAGAUUCACUCAGGUGGAUGCAUGGAGCUCGCGCCGCUUGGCAAAUUCUCGAUCAAGUACUGGGUUCUGGAGUGGAGUAUUGAGUUGUUUUAUGCAAAUUCUCGAUCAAAGGUUUGGUUGGUCUAUGUAAUGAUCAAGGCUUACUUUGGGACUUAAAUUCAAUCAGCUGUAUUGAUGACCUUUUGCAUAACUGGACAAUUUUUUGCCCAUCUGUGAAACAAGCUGGGGCGAGGAGCACAAGAAUUUGCUGAUUAGUUUACAUCUCAUUUGAUCAUAUUGUUGUCAUGGAAUUAUUUUAUCACAUGACUGAAAUGGGUGUGGCUCACUUAGCUGAGGAACUUCAAAUUCCAUACCUGAGACCAAUUUUGCAGAGAAAGCAUUGGCAACAGCUGAGGUGCCAAACUUGAAGAGGCUCGUGGGCCAAGCAGAAUGUUCUGAGGAAGUUUUGAUGCUUGUGAAGAUCCAAAGCACUUGAUCUGGUCUCAACAGCAUGUACCUGAAUGAUAGUAAAUAGUUGUUUGGUGUGGUUGCAUUCUAGGGACAUCACUCCUGAACUUGAUGAGGCUAUGCAAAGUUCUCAUGUUUGCAAUAUUGAAUUAGUGAAGUUGAAACUGACCUCCUCACAAUCUAUCCCGAGUUGCUGAUUUUGCUGAUUGGAUAUUGCCAAUGAUCAAGUAACAAAUUCAAGCUGCAUUUCAUGGAACUUGGAGAAAGUCCCCGAAACACCACACGUUGGAUAUGCGGGCAGGAAUGAGCUAUGUCAUUAUGAAAAUGUAUUCUGAACCUAGUGGCGUUUAUCAUGUUCUCCGUGUUGUCAAUACUCUUCAAAGGAUUCUGGAUAUGAAGCAGCCUCUUCUCAUGUGGGUUAUUUGUCCUUUGCAAGCACAAAUCACUUGCAGGAAGACUGCACGUGCAGGUGGUUUUAUUUGUGCAAGUUAAGCAUAAAAUGAGAUUGGUCAAGGAGAUUACCAGUUAGAUGUCCACUUCAGGCUACAAUUUUGCGACUAGAAAAAUCGAAUGCAAUGGAAUCAGCAAAAAAUCUGUCAAUUGCAGCCAAGAGUUUCAGCGAAAAGGUUUACAAGAAGACAGUAGUUUCUCAUUUGGUUGAAUUUCGAACACACGAGAAAGGUGUUCAGUAGUGUAAAAUCAUCUCUCUGGUCUGGUGUUACCUCAGAAAAUUCAUAUGUCCGCAUUUUGCAAUCACUUUUAUUGUAUAAUCUCAAACUUGAUUUAUUUAAGCAUGAAUCUAAAAGCUGAAGAGACCCAACCGUAUAUAUUUUCACA